ACACCCAAUUUGUACAAUGGUGGACCGCAUCUUUAAUCAGCGGUCCUCAUCGUAUUGGAAAAAUGAUCCGAGGAAUCUAGGUUAGGACUUCAUCGACCAUUCUGCUGCAAAGCGAAUCGGAAUUCUCAGAGAGAGAGAGAGAGAGAGAGAGAGGAGAGGAGAGGAGAGAGAAAUUAAGAGAGAUGUGGCACGAAGCUCGUAGGUCGGAGAAGAAGGUCCACGACAUGAUGGACGCGGCUCGGAAGAGAGCUCAGAGACGAGCUGUUUAUCUCGCCAAGAGGCGGGGCGAUCCUCAGCAAUCCAUCCAGGUCGUCGGAUCCCGUUGCCGCACGUACCGCGACGACGGCCUCUAUCAGGCCACCCAGGAUCAGCAAGGCCUGAUACCGUGGAAUGGGAAAGAAGAUAUCUUAAUUGACCGAUUUGAUGGUCGCGCUCUUCUCGAUUUUAUUCGAGAUUCCAGUUCCCGACGAUUUCGGGCCCCCGAGAAGACAGAGGAAGAAGAGGAAUUAGAAGAGUUUGUUAAUUUUGAGCGUUAUCGGGAUUUAAUUAAGCAUCAACGUAGAGGAUUUGGCGAUGAGGAGGGUUUGCAGCAUGUGAAUCAAGAGAUGGAGGCCAAGGCUGCUGCUCUAUUUGGAUCUGACAGAUCUCAUCCGGCUCAGGCUCCAGCAAGCAAGGGCUCAUAUUCACAGGUGGCUUUCUCUUAUGAUGGGGAUGGAAAAGAGGAAACUAAUUAUUCAGAUGGGGAUGAGGAUGAUGACGAUGAUGAAGACGAAGAUGAUGAGGAUUUUAACAGUGAUGAUAGCAAUGAUGAAGAGAUGGAGAAAAUCGCAAAAGAAUUUGGUGUCAAGAGGUAUGGUUGGCUUGUUUACAUGGAUAAAAAAGCAAAAGAGGAGGAAAAGAGGCAAAAAGAAGUGGUCAAGGGGGAUCCUUCCAUUAGGAAGCUUACUCGAAAGGAAAGGAGGAAGGUUUCUCAGAUAGAAAGAGAGAGAGAAAGAGAAGCUGCCCAGGUUACAGGCACUCGGUUGCUUCAUCGUGAUCCAUAUAGGGAGCCUAGACGAAGUCCAACUUAUGAGGCUUAUUCUCGUUCUAGAAGAUCCAGAUCAAGGUCACGGUCACACUCCCCAUCCCACUCAAGGCGCUAUGCUCGUGGUGUCCAUUCUAAUGAUGGUCAUCGAAGCAAGUCAAAGCCUUCAAAAAUAGAAUAUAUUACUGAAUUUGCGGGAUCUGCUGAUGGGGAUGAGCCAAAGCUUGAAGGAUUCUCUCCUCCACCUUCUCCAUCCAAAGCCGAUGUGUUGAACCGGCCAGUGACUGGUCAAAUACUUGAGGCCUUGCAUACGGAUCCUGCUUCCAGUGUCUCCCUUGAUAAGGAAAAGAAUACUAAAGUUUUGCCACAAAUUAGCACUUCGUCAGCAUUGGCAAGGCUAAGCAAGUCUACUACUAGUGGGGGCGUUUCGAAACAAGAGGAGAAGAAGGAAACACCUCAAGAGCGACUUAAACGAAUAAUGAGCCGGCAACUUAAUAAGCAAAUCAAGAAAGAUACUGCUGUUGAAAUGGCCAAGAAAAAGGAGCAGGAGCGCCAAAGGAAUGAAAAACUUGCAGAAACUAGCAGAUUGAGUCGACAUCGGCGUCGCAGUCACAGCAGAAGUUACAGUCGAUCCCCUCCGAGAAGAAGUAGGCGGAGCAGAAGUCCAAGUAGAAGCAGUUCUCGAAGAUAUCAUUCUCGGUCUCGUUCUCCCUCCCAUUCUCGUUCCAUUUCACGCUCUCGCUCUCCCAGGGUAAGAAGCCGUUCAAGGUACUAAGAAAGAUAGUAUCUGGGGUCACUUUGGGGAGAAUGAUUAAUGCAUAAGCCUUUGUCUCAAAAGUAAGUAUAUUGUAGAACGAAGAGAAGCAGCAGCAGCUAGCUCUCAUGUCCUUGUAUGUGGAAUUGUCAUGGUGAUUUUGUAAAGAGAAGCGAUGACACUCGGCUAUCUCGUGUUUUUUCUUUGCUCAUCAGUUCUGGAAGUUCUAGUGCGUUUCUGUGGGAUAAGUUCGAGUGAUUUAUACUGUUAGCUAUUAGUUUUUGGUCAAUACUACGCUUUAUUUGCGUUUUCGUGCACUAGUGAUGUUGACUUGCGCAAUAAUCUUGCCAGUGAUUUGGAUGUUUAAUUUGUCCAGAUCCCUCAAAGCUGAAGAAAUAGUAGUUUUUUGGAUGCCGUUUCUUUUAUGUAA